GGCGACGUCAACAAAAUGAACGCGACAAUUGACAAGAAAAAAAAAACGUAUAUUAGGAAAGCCUUCCGAGGUCAACGUCCUCUUCCCUCUUGCAACGGGUUCGCCAACAUGGUGAACGUGCCGAAGACCCGGCGCACGUACUGCAAAAAGUGCAAGAAGCACCAGCCUCACAAAGUUACCCAGUACAAGAAGGGAAAGGAUUCUCUUUACGCCCAGGGUAAGCGGAGAUACGACCGUAAGCAGUCCGGUUAUGGUGGCCAGACCAAGCCUAUUUUCCGUAAAAAGGCCAAGACUACAAAGAAGAUUGUGCUGAGGCUUGAGUGCGUAGAGCCAAACUGCAGAUCAAAGAGGAUGGUUCCCAUUAAAAGAUGCAAGCACUUUGAAUUGGGUGGAGACAAGAAGAGAAAGGGCCAGGUCAUCCAGUUCUAAGCUGGGUCAUCGGACCGGACUUUCAGUUUUCAAUAAAGUGCUAAAAAUGAA